CAACAGAGCUCAGUAGUGCACUGGCUGUCACCGGUGAGCGUGCGUCGCGUUACGUCCCUCGAACGCGCUCUCUUUCGCGCGCGUCAAGUGCUCUCAGCUGUCGAGUCGUGUAGUGUCGCUGCUGGCAGACAGCCCCGAUGUCUGCCUCCGUGAACACGCGUAACGUAUCAGCGCGCCGACACGGGCACUACUGCUUCGCGCUGCGGUGAGAUUUAAGGAACGAAGGGCGCGUGCUAGUGAUGCUGCAGGAUAAGAUGAAACCCAAGUACGCGCUCGAGGAUUACAUUUACGAGAUGGAGGCUCGUAGCCUGGAAGCCGCGUCGGCGGCCGACGACGAAGAACAGGACGUCUACACGCAACUACAGCAAAAGGAAAAGGACCUCAUCCUAGCCGCCGAACUAGGCAAGGCGCUGCUGGAAAAGAACGAAGAACUCAGCAAGCAGAACGAGCGGAUCGCAGAGGAGUACUCGCAGAAUCUAGAGCGGCUGGAGCAGGACCGGCACGAGCUGCGGCGCCAGCUGGCGGCGGCGCGGUCGGAGGCGGAGUCGCGGCUGCUGGAGCUGCAGGCCGACCUGCAGGCGGCCACCCGCCAGCUGGCGGAGCGCGAGGCCGAGCUGCGGCGCACCGACCGCGAGAAGGCGGCGCUCGUCGCCGAGCUCACCGAGCAGAACCUGCGCCUCGCCGCCAGGCUCAAGGAGUCUGCGAGGACGGAGGAGCAGCUGACGUCACAGCUACAGGGCCUGCGAGACCAGUGCAACCUGAAGAAGUCCAGCCUCCAGGACCAUGUCAGCAGCCUCGAGGUCCUCAGGGAUGAGGUGCAGCUGCUAUCAGAGAAGAAGAGUGACCUGGAGCGGCGCAUUCGCACACUGCUGGAGGAGCGGGACGCCAUCAGGGCAGCCCUGGAGGACGCCACAGACCGUGUCGUGCUGCUCGAGCACCAGGUACGCGACCAGGAGAUGCAGCUAAGGAAUGCACAACGGGAACUUGAUCACCUCAGAACAGCAAAUGGCUCCCUUGGUGAGAGACUGGAAGCACUCGCAUCCACAGCAGCAGCGUCCUCAAAUAACAGCUCCGGAGUUGCCGGCCAUCGCUCCUUACUUGCCGAAAUGGAGUGUGAAAAUGAAGCCAAUGGAGAAGCAUCACCACUCCUUGGAACACUUACACCAGAUGCGGUGAAAAUUAAAGAAGAAGCUUUCUCAGUUUAUAUGCAACUGAGGAGACUAUGUGCAGAAUGGGACAGGAAAAGAAAUGACUCAAUAACUUCAGAUCCUGAAUCAUUGCCCAUGGACAGUAUACCAGUUGACAUCUUAAAGCCCGGAAUGUUAUCUGGUGCGAUGUCAGAGCUGAUGACAUUACUUUGCGAGCCAGGGGGACGACGAGAGUCCAGCUGCAGUAGUGGUACUGGCAGUGUACUGGAGAUGGAAGUCGAGCUUCACCGAACCCGUGAAUCCCUCGAAAAGACAGAGCGCCAGCUGCAGGAGCGUACCGAAGAGCUGCGAAAACGAACCGAUGAGGUGCUGCAACUCAAGAGUAAACUUAGUGUCCGUGAAGCAGAACUGCUAGCAGCAAAAGAGGAACGUGAUCAGGCCAGACUUGAUAUGCAAAAUACACACCUGGCACGCGAUGAAAUUAUAAAUAAGGCAUGGCAAGUACGUGAUGGUGCAGUUGCACGUAAGAAUGCCACUGAGGUGGAACUGGCCCGCACUCGCAUCGAUGUGAUGCAGGUUAACAGUCAACUCUUGGAAGCCAUUCAGCAGAAAGUAGAACUCAGCCAACAACUUGAGCAGUGGCAGAUGGAUAUGCAAGCAUUACUUGAUGAACAAAUGAAACAUAAGUUAACAAACCAAGCUAACACUAGUGAUUAUGAAAGUAGCAGUUCUAGUAGUGCCAGUUCAUCUAGCAAGAAGCGAGCACCCUCUCGUCGUCUCUUUGGUCUGUUCCAGCGAUGAGACAAAGAUUAAAGAUUAUCCUACUGAAUAUGUCCAAUGCAGCAAGCAUGAAAUUUGAGCACCAACCAUGGUAUAAUUAACUGUUGUACGUAUUUAUAUAGUUUAUUGGCAAGUGAAUAAAAAUACAGAAAUGAUCUCAAAAACCACAGCAUCAGAAAAUAAAACUAUUUCUAUUUGACAUGGAAAGUCAAAAUCUCUUCAUUGUAAAUAAAACAAAAUGUUACUUACUUGUUGUUGAUUGGAUUUAGAUUGUAUAGAUGUCGUUGAUAACAAAAAGUUUACCAUGUAUCAAAAGGUUCCACUUUUAUUUUUAAGCUAAAACAUUUUACGAACACUACUGUACCAUAUAAAUUAUUUUUGUACAUGAUGUAAUAAUAUGUAUUUAAUAAUGUUAUCUGUGUGCAAUAGGCAGAAUUAGUGUGUAUAUCAAAUUAUCUAGCAUAGAAUUAUGCUAGUUUAUGUAAAUAAAUUAAUUUUAAUUCACUUUUUCAUGAAAUUGUUUUAAAUCACAUUUUAGAUUUGAAGGUAUGCAAUCAAAGAAAUGCAGUUUGAAUGUGGCUUACAGCCAUUAGAUUCUAACUAAAAUGCAUUGAGUACAAAAAAAUGUGAAAAAUUUAAGAUAAUCUGGAUUCUUAAAAUCCUAGAUUAUUAAAGUACCACAAGUGCAAUUACUAUAACUUUGUAAGUAUGCAAAAAUCUGAUUGAACUGUUUUAUUAAAUUUCUCAUUUGUACAUGUUUAUGACUAUUACAUGAACUGUAUGUGCACAAUUGGAGCAUUUAUCCCAAAUAAUUACCUUAAAUAUUUAACAUGGAAAAGAUUUAAUACAUCUACAAAUUAAACUUGGCUAAAGAGUCCCAUUUACAACCUGGAAAAACUGAUACCUCAUUGAAUUAUGUUGCAAAUGAAAAGUACCUAUAACUAUUAACACUUCUACUUGGUUUUUAACUAAUGUCACAAUUCUAUUGCACAGAGGGGAUACAAGCCAGCUGCUACUACUUUGAUUUUUAUGGAUUUAAGAAGCAACAAAAUAUGACAAAAAUUGUCAUCUUACUAUGACCAUAAGAUAAUAGUUCAACAAUUGGGCUUCAUUUUGGUUACUUUUGUGCCAGGUUAAACAACAUAUUGGUAUUAACAAAUUAUUGAUGAGAGGAAUGCUCAUUCUCUGUAAUCAUCUUUUGGCCUGUCAGAGUUACUGCUGAUUCCUGAGGUCAGAAAGUUUCAUUCAAAAGCAGACUAUAACCUAAAAUACUUUUGCUGUCUGCAUGACUCACAACCACCGCAGCCCUCAACAAGCUCAUCAUAAAGUAAAAUUUACUAUAUUCCUAUUAGUAUUACAUGCAAGUUAGCUUUUGCACCAAAUGCAACACAUUCAACAAUGCUCUGAAAGACAACUCAGGUUUGUGAUAGAAGUUGAGCCCAAUUGAGAGGAUACAGAAAUUAUUACUUAAUUAAAGUAGUAACUAGUAUUUAACCUAAAGAAAGAGCUGCAAAUGGUCACCUGCAUUUGAGCAGUAUGUUGUAUAGUUAAAGUGACAGCAUUAGUUAAUCAGAAGGAACACAAGGCAGUUUAAGUACCCUGAGUCAUAUUUUAGGAUCCACCAAGAUACACCGAGUUUGAACUUACUAGAAUUUGAUUUGACUUGACUUGAAUUUCAAACAGUUGCCAGAAGGCAAUAACUCAUCUGUAUCACCACUGUAGUUGAAAUUUUUGUACAUGAGCUCAUUUCCAUAUGUUAGAAUAUGCAUGUAGCAUUCUAACUGCCAAAUGACAUACUUCAGAUAAUUAUUCUUAAUUUUCAAUAUAUUGAAAAAAAAAAUUACAUUGAUCUUCACAACAAUUACACUCACUGGGACAGACAAAUCAAUUGAGCUUCACAAAGACUGUACAUGUGGUCUCUAUCAAGUCAUCUCAAAUACCCUCUGUCAUCACAUGUACU